ACCCCGCCGGGACCAGCCGUCCUGUCCUCCCGCCUGCCUGCCUGCCUGCCUCUUCCCUUCCUUGGCUCGCCUCUGCUGUGCUUUGCCUGAGGUGCGUGUGAUAAGGCGGGAGCAGGAGCCACGGCAAGAGGCGGGUGGCGAGGGGGAGGAGGGAGAGGAGGAGGGAGAAGAAUAGGGUGCGCCGCCGGAGAGACCAUGAGGAAAUUUAACAUCAGGAAGGUGCUGGACGGCCUGACGGCGGGCUCGUCGUCCUCCUCCUCGGCUGCCGCCUCCUCGCAGCAGCCGCCGCCUGCAACCCGGGAGAACGACAUCCAGGAGACCCUACAGUCCGAGCACUUCCAGCUCUGCAAGACUGUACGCCAUGGUUUCCCCUAUCAGCCUUCGGCCUUGGCUUUUGAUCCUGUUCAGAAGAUACUUGCCAUUGGGACUCAGACUGGCGCUUUAAGGCUUUUUGGUCGGCCAGGCGUUGAAUGCUACUGCCAACAUGACAGUGGUGCUGCAGUAAUCCAGCUUCAGUUUCUGAUCAAUGAGGGAGCCCUUGUGAGUGCCUUGGCUGAUGAUACCUUACAUUUAUGGAAUUUGCGUCAGAAGAGGCCUGCUAUACUGCACUCCCUAAAAUUUAACAGAGAAAGGAUAACAUUUUGCCAUAUGCCGUUCCAGAGUAAAUGGCUGUAUGUGGGCACUGAAAGAGGAAAUAUACACAUUGUUAAUGUGGAGUCCUUCUCUCUCUCAGGCUAUGUCAUCAUGUGGAAUAAAGCCAUUGAACUGUCAUCCAAGUCUCAUCCAGGACCUGUUGUCCAUAUUAGUGACAAUCCAAUGGAUGAAGGCAAGCUAUUGAUUGGUUUUGAAUCAGGAACAGUAGCAUUAUGGGACCUCAAAUGCAAGAAGGCAGAUUACAGAUACACACAUGACGAGGCAAUCCAUUCUGUAGCUUGGCACCACGAAGGAAAGCAAUUUAUCUGUAGCCAUUCGGACGGCACCUUGACUAUAUGGAAUGUAAGGAAUCCUACCAAGCCAUUUCAGACAAUCACUCCACAUGGAAAGCAGGUAAAAGAUGGAAAGAAGCCAGAGCCUUGUAAACCUAUUCUUAAAGUGGAAUACAAAACUACCAGAGCUGGAGAACCUUUCAUCAUCUUGUCAGGUGGCUUGUCAUAUGACACUGUAGGAAGAAGACCCUGUUUAACAGUUAUGCACGGGAAGAGCACUGCUGUUUUAGAAAUGGAUUAUUCAAUAGUUGAUUUUCUAACCCUCUGUGAAACUCCAUACCCUAAUGAUUUCCAAGAGCCAUAUGCUGUGGUCGUUCUUCUAGAAAAAGAUUUAGUACUUAUUGAUCUUGCACAAAAUGGGUAUCCUAUAUUUGAGAAUCCCUAUCCCUUGAGUAUACAUGAAUCUCCAGUUACCUGUUGUGAAUAUUUUGCCGAUUGUCCUGUGGACCUUAUUCCAGCACUUUAUUCAGUUGGGGCUCGCCAGAAACGUCAAGGUUAUAGUAAAAAGGAAUGGCCUAUCAAUGGUGGAAACUGGGGUUUGGUCACACAGAGUUAUCCAGAGAUCAUUAUUACUGGGCAUGCAGAUGGAUCGAUCAAGUUUUGGGAUGCCUCUGCAAUAACAUUGCAAGUGCUGUACAAACUAAAAACAGCUAAAGUCUUCGAAAAAUCAAAAAAUAAGGACGACAGACCUAGCACAGACAUAGUAGAUGAAGACCCAUAUGCCAUUCAGAUCAUCUCGUGGUGUGCAGAAAGCAGGAUGCUGUGCAUUGCAGGAGUUUCUGCACAUGUCAUUGUUUACAGAUUCAGCAAACAAGAAAUUACAACAGAUGUGAUUCCGAUGCUUGAAGUACGGCUAUUGUAUGAAAUAAAUUAUAUAGAGUCUCCAGAUUCUGAGCAAGUGCCACCACUGCCUACUCCAGGCACAGGUUCCAACCCUCAGUCCAUUGCUCCCCAGUCUCAUCCAUCCACUAGCAGCAGCUCAUCUGAUGGGCUUCGGGAUAACGUCCCAUGUUUAAAAGUUAAAAACUCUUCCCUCAAGCAGUCUCCAGGCUACCAGGUUGAGCUGGUUAUCCAGUUAGUAUGGGUGAGUGGAGAACCACCUCAGCAAAUAACAAGCCUUGCAAUCAACUCUGCCUAUGGCUUAGUAGUUUUUGGCAAUUGUAAUGGUAUCGCAAUGGUUGAUUACAUCCAAAAGACCACACUUUUAAACCUUGGCACCGUUGAAUUGUAUGGUUCUAAUGAUCCUUAUAGGAGGGAACCCCGAUCUCCACGUAAAAGCAGACAACCAUCUGGAGCAGGUCUUUGUGAUAUUAAUGAAGGUACAGCUGUACAAGAGGAUCGUUGCAAGUCACCCACCUCAGGUUCUGGUUCUCCCAACAAUUCUGAUGAUGAUCAAAAAAUGAAUAAUUUUAUAGAAAAGGUGAAGACCAAAAGCAGAAAGUUUUCCAAGAUGGUAGCCAAUGAUAUAGCAAAGAUGUCUAGAAAAUUAAGCUUACCAACUGAACUGAAACCUGAGUUAGAUGUUAGAGACAACUCCUUCAGCAGAUCCAGGAGUUCUAGUGUCACCAGCAUUGACAAGGAAUCUCGAGAAGCAAUUUCAGCUCUUCAUUUCUGUGAGACUUUCACACGAAAAGCUGAUACAGCACCUUCACCCUGCUUGUGGGUUGGCACUACGUUGGGUACAGUUUUAGUCAUUGCAUUGAAUUUACCCCCAGGAGGAGAGCAAAGACUACUUCAGCCAGUAAUUGUAUCUCCCAGUGGAACCAUACUAAGGCUUAAAGGGGCAAUACUGAGAAUGGCUUUUCUGGACACUACAGGAUCAUUAGUUCCACCAGCAUAUGAACCCUGGAGAGAACCCAAUGUUCCUGAAGACAAGGACGAAAAGGAUAAGGUGAAGAAACGCCGGCCUGUCUCAGUGUCUCCAUCCUCCUCUCAGGAAAUCAGUGAAAACCAAUAUGCAGUGAUAUGUUCUGAAAAGCAAGCAAAAGUUAUUUCACUGCCUUCACAGAACUGUACUUAUAAGCAAAAUAUAACAGAGACUUCAUUUGUCCUUCGUGGAGAUAUAGUGGCACUGAGUAACAGUAUCUGCCUUGCUUGUUUCUGUGCCAAUGGACAUAUAAUGACUUUUAGUUUGCCAAGUUUAAGGCCGCUGUUGGAUGUAUAUUACUUACCGCUUACCAACAUGCGGAUAGCCAGAACAUUUUGCUUCACCAACAAUGGGCAAGCUUUGUACCUUGUCUCACCUACAGAAAUCCAGAGAAUCACCUAUAGUCAAGAAACAUGUGAAAAUCUGCAGGAAAUGUUGGGUGAACUCUUCACACCAGUAGAAACACCAGAAGCACCAAACAAAGGGUUCUUCAAAGGCCUAUUUGGAGGUGGUGCACAGUCACUUGACAGAGAGGAACUCUUUGGAGAAUCAGCUGCUGGAAAGGCAUCAAGGAGCCUUGCCCAGCAUAUUCCAGGUCCUGGUGGUAUUGAAGGGGUCAAAGGAGCAGCAUCAGGAAUAGUUUGUGAAUUGGCACGAGCCAGAAUAGCACUAGAUGAAAGAGGACAGAAGUUGGGAGAACUGGAAGAACGAACAGCAGCCAUGAUGGCCAGUGCCGAUUCUUUCUCAAAGCAUGCGCAUGACAUGAUGUUGAAAUGCAAAGAUAAGAAAUGGUACCAGUUCUGACAACGCAUUUUCAAAUGCAUCUAUAUAACUUUACCUUGAAGAAAAAUCUCCUUUUCAUUAACUUCUGCAGGACCAGCGGAAGUGCAAGGGUGUCAGCCAAUGGAUACUGAUCUUUCCUAGCACAAAUCACACACUGUUUUACCUCAGUCAUGCAGCUUUAACUGAGGGUCAUUAUAUUUAAAACUGGCACCCACACAGUGUGUGUGUUGUCUUUACCUGUGGGCUGACUAGGAGCUUGGGAACAGUCAACAAGAGAACACAUGGACAAAAAGGAAACUUUGGUAUCAGAUGAGCAGGGGCAAUGCAGGAUCUAUCCUGUGUUAAUAUUUCAUAUGCCAAAAGUUUUUGUGCUAUUGUUGUUGCUGCCAGUGUUUCAUCCUCCUGUAGGAGGCUGCAAUAAAUCAGGGGUCCAAGAGCUAGAAUAAAGUUGUUCAUCUUAGGGGACUACUAGUAGCUGAUCUAUACCUUCCCUCCUUAGAGCACGCCAUUAUAGCUGUUACUAGAAAUGACUUGAUGCCACCAAUUUUCUGAUCUGACAAAAGAAGUAUGCGAGCUCCAUUCUGAAUCUAUACAUAGUUAACAUGCACAUAGUAUCUUCUUGGACCCCUGAUCUAGUAUUCUUGUAUUUGCAUCACCAUACUGUGGCUGUGUUUGGAUGGCAUUAUAAACCAUAGCAUAUUGUGACAGAAAUGAAAAGCAGCAAGCAUUUGGGCUCUUUCACACACACACACACACACACACACACACACACACACUUUCUUUGUUGUAGCUACAAGCAGGUCAUUGGAAGCUUUUGAUUAACCGUAGCUUGUCGAUUUUAUCUGAACCUGACAUAAUGUGGUUAAUUUUCAGUAUGGUUUAUUUGAAACAUACUUUCAAACCAUAGAUUAUAAAGCUGGCCUGUUUUGAUGAACCAUUGUUACACUUAACCAUGGUUUAAGGUUUGGACCUGACACGAUACAGUUAAUCCAAAACAAAGCAAAAGCUUCGGAACUUCUCGCAGCCACACCAGAAGAAAAAAGGUGACACGUGAGGCUUGCUGCAGCUCAUUCCCAUCACAACAAACUGUGACUUAGCAUGGCAUCUGAACACAGCCCAUGUCAAGUGCAAAGCAAGAGAAGUUUUUUUGCAUUGUAAAAAAAAGUGAUUCAACUGCACAUCAUGCUGAAAGUUUUCAUUUGUGUUAUGGCUGUGUAGUGUAAAAAGUAAAAAAAAAAGUCUACCACAAUGAGGAAAAAAAUGUCAUCUUUCAGUCAACCCUACCUUUUUUAUUUUCCUGAAAAUACAGUUAGUCAAUUUAUAAAGUAUUUGUAAUUGGAUUUGAGUUUAAUUCAUGCUGUACAUCUUCUUUUGUGUGUUUAAGAGAAUGUAUUAGUGCAGGCACUUAAACAGGAUCUAUCAGAUACGUAGCUAGCUUAUAUGCCCAAUCAGACUUAACUACCAGGUGAAAUAGUCCUUAGUUCAAGCAGUGUUGAACUCUGGGAUACAACUUGAUGGCUAAUAGCAAUCAUUUUUAUUACUUGCAUUAGAUUAAAACGGUUCUUGGGUUUGUUUUUCCUAAUACAGUUCAAAGAACCUGUUAGCAAGUUUAAAAAAAAAAGCAGCAAAGAAGCUGUCUCCAGAAUUUCAAGCACAUUUACUUGGGAGCAAGUACCGUUGAUUUGAAUUGACUUCCUCCAUGUAAGUGUUCUUAAGUUCACUGUAUGAAUUGCCGAGUGACAUUAACGUCAGAAUAGAUUGUUUCCAAAACUUGGCAUUUAAUAUAUGAAUAUUUUACCACUUUAGCAACUGGUAGAAUCCUACUUUGAUUUGUAUGAGAGGAGGGAUUUAAGACGUGCCAAAUUGAAGCAGUAUAUUUUAGCUAAUGAAGGUUGCACCAAAGCCAUAGUGUAAUAAGAGUAUAUGAAUUUAUUUUAAAAAAAUAUUUAUGAAAAUGCAUAAAUAAUAAUCUUAGUCAUGUUGGAAGCUGGAAAUAGUAUGAAUUUGUGAUAAUUUGCAAGCAGCCUGAACUAGUUGAGGCUCUGUCUGUAAGAAAGUACCAGAGGUUUUGGGUUUUAUUUUCCUAAACUUGGUGGUGCUGUGCACAUGUUGAAUGGGUUGUCUUUAACUUCUAACAUUGUGAACAUAGACUGCAGUUUGAGCCAAAACAAAAUUCACUAGUGUGGGUUCAGCAUUGGCAUUUAAAAAUUGUGUUCCCCGUUCGUUCCCUAAAUGUAAUGUGCACUCCAGGUUGAAAAAGUUACUGGCUGGUCCUGCAUAGUGUGUUUUGCUAUAUAUAGACUUGCCUCUAAGUAAAUGUGAUUAAGAUAAGGUUAUAACCCUUCAAAUUUGAUUCAACUAAAUCGCUGCAGCGUGUUGGUUGCAACCAAAGGUCACUUGGGGUGGGAAACUCUACAAUCUGCAAGAAUGUUUGAAUCUGUGUUUCAGACUGGGGCUGCUGGAUGGUGUGUUUUAGUACUGUACUUAUACCAGCUUUUUGCCUCCCUGCAGUGCAGCUUUGGGUAGAGUGCAAUGAUAUUCAAUUGUCCAUAUGAGAAGCAGAUUCAGCUCUUUCCAUAACCACACAGUGCUCUAAGUCUAAGCCUACAGAAGUGAUUUUGGGCAGCAGCCAAUCCUCUACAGCAAAUAUUUGAGUCAAAACUAAAACAACUUGUUUAGGGACUAGUUAUUCACUUUUUCAUUCUGCUGCCUGGAAACAGAUUUUCUGUUUUAAACAAAAUACUUUAUUUGCAUUUAGCUAUAUGUGAAAACACUGAGAAAAAUCAAUAAAUCAAAUAAUAAAAAAUUGUUAAGUGAUGUGGACAUUCAAACGUAAACAGUAGUAACUGUUCAUUAUGAUAACUUCUCUGUGCAUUAGAAAUUUCAUUUUUUUAAUGUUAAAUUCUGUCUUGUGUAUAAAUGGCAUGAUCCAGCCUUAGAUAAGCACUUUUAAACCCCACUGAUUUCAAGUGGAGAUACAUACCUUACUGAUUUCUCAUGGCUAAUCUUCAUAUGGAUUGUGUCAAAUAUGUAUUUUGUAAUUGGAGUCAGAAGCACAAAACGUAAUAAUGAACCUAACAUUGGUUUAUUUUUUUAAAAGGGGGAAGUCUGUGUUUCCAUACAAAUUAAAAUUAUAGUGAAUAAUUACUUUUGCCCACUAUAGAAAAUGCCCAGAGCAAGAGAACUCUAUAGUAAAUAAAGAUUUACUGCUAUCCACAUUCCUUUGCAGAAAAUCCCCAAAGUGGUACACUCCUUGUGAAGCUGAAUUAUUUGAGGCAAGAUCUGUAGCUUUCUGAGCAGCAAAUUUUUGACACCCAACAGGAAAUGAAGCAUAAGGAAGUUCAUACUAGCACAAAGAAUAGCAUAGUAUCUAUUAUAAUGUAUAUGUGUUCUCACAUUUUAUACCAUAAAUAAAAUAAUUUGCUUUUUUUAAAAAAAUGCAGAAAUUAAAUAGUAGCAAAUCGUUGGGCUGUUUGUCUAGUUUGGGCAAUUCAGUAAUGCCUGUCAAUCUCACUGCAGCAAGAUAAGUUGUACGAAUAGGAAAAUUUACUUUGUAUAGAGUUUGUUUGGCAUACUAUUUGGGAAAAUCCCAUUAUUCUCUUGGCUGGAGUUUGAAUUUGAUUCUUUGAUCAAACUAUCAAAUAAGGCUGUGUACAGAUAACUUUUAGAUACUGGGAGGCAGUAGUGUAGAGCUGCUGUUGGCCAUGGUAAACACAUGUUCAUUAUUUUAUUUUACUUUUUAGGCCUCCCAUAGUUUCUGGUUAAACUGAUACUGGAAAUUUUUUGUAGUGUUGUGCUGAAUUUUCUCAGGGUUUGAAUUUUGACUUGAAAAAGGGAAUAGAGGUGGGGGAUGAAGUUUGCUGAAAGUGUCUCCCAUCUUUUUCAUGCCAGUUUGAUGCUGUUCAGUACACCAAAACA